AUGGCAUUUGGAAAAAAAAAUGAGUUCUAUACGCAGGAAAAGGAUGUGUCGAGAGUUACUGUGAAGGUGGCGCGGAAGUGGAUGGCUCCAAGUUUCGAUCGCUCAAAACUUCCUAAUUCGAUGGAGUUGGUUUUAAUGGAUGCAAAGGGUGAUAGGAUCCAUGGCACAGUGCAAAGGACUCAUGUUUAUAAGUUUAAUCCUUUGUUAGUUGAGGGUCGAGUAUACAUGUUGUCACAUUUCAGUGUUGGUGAUAGCCCUCUGGAUUUUCGGAUCCUUACCGGCCAUAGCGGCGAGCAGGAAUUUGAAAAAAAUCAUCAAGUGCGAAAGAGGAUUACCAUAGAGAUUGAACAAGAAGGAGUGAAAGUUGAGUGUGCAUUUUUUGGAAGCUACGUCCAAGAGCUACUCUCUGUUUUAUCUUCACGCGAUCUGAUCGGCGUUGUGGUUUUAAUCCAGUUUGCAAAAAUCAAGCCUUUCUGGUUUUUUGAGAUGAAUGAACCUGGAUCUCAGAUUCUUACUCAACUGUCCGGCUCUUCAAAACCUUCCCUUGAUGAAGAGUUCUUAAAACUCUCAGAGAUGAAAACUUUCGAGCAGAUCAGAGCCAUGGAUAGGGUCAAAGUAAAACAGGAUAAUAACAUUGCUACAUUGGUCAUAUUUGACAAAGAAGCGAGUGCUCUUCUUGAAACUACCUGUGCUGACUUGGUUGAUUCGUCAACAAAGAAUCAUGCUGGCUCUGGCUCUACAACUCCUGCUGAAUUACUUAAGUUGUUGGAAAAGACCUUUCUCUUUACGAUUGAAGUUAGCAACACUUCAAGCUCCAGGUUUGAGCCAGCAUAUCGUGUCAAGAAAAUAUGUGCAGACCCCGACUUAAUUGCUCAAUUCAAGGAAGCUCUCCUUCCUCCUAAUGACGACACUGCUCCAUUGUUGUUGCUAGAAACACCUACAUCUGAUGAGAAUGUUGAAAACGCGAGUUCCAGUUUGGCCAAGGAUCUUAAUGAAGAGUUUGUUGCUGCUGCCAGUGGUGAUGUUGUUGAUCUGGUGACAAACAAUGUUGUUGAUCCUAACAUAGAAAAAGAAGAAGUACCCCCAUGCAAGCGGAGCACUCACUCGGAGAAUGAAGAAGUUGGUUCAACUAAUAACAAGAAGAAGCUGAUCAAGAAGAUUAAGAAGGAGAAGAAUUGA